UAGGUCGGUAACACCGUAACAGUAAGACUUGAACCCAAAUUUACAAGUCCACCGAAAAUCCAUAAACGUGGGAUGUGAACCCGUAAUUUCAUUUCGGAGUUUCCAUUACAUAAACGAAAACACAACACACGAAACAAAGAAAAGUUUGAUUUUUACGCAGAAAGAACACUCCACAAUAUUAGGAAAACUUCGUCUGCUUAAAUUAACGAAGAAUUUAGCGCAACAAUGGUGGAAUUUCUUUUGCAUGUAUGAUAUAAUUAUGGUAAUCAUGGGAGCGUUUUUCUAAUGGUGUGACAAAUCUCAGUUUCAACUUCAGUUAUACAAUUUUAUAGGUCUUUGCUGCACAACUUUCAUGAUGGAUUCUCAAAUUUCACUACCAGUCGAACCUCUGCAAAUGCUGCCUCCACCACCUGGAGAAUUUGCAAGUCGUGACCAACUAAUUGAGCAUGUUGGGAAUUUUGCAAUCUCACAAGGAUAUGUCGUUAUCAUUAAGAAAACCAAAAAAGAUAAACAAGUGGUACUUGCUUGUGAUAGGGGUGGUGUUAAUAGAACUAGGCCUAAAACUUCUGAGACAGAUUCUGUAGAAUUUAAUCGGAAGCGAAAAACUGCUUCCCGACAUAUCAACUGUCCUUUUGAACUCUCAGGUAAAAAUGAUGAUGGAGUGUGGUAUCUAACUGUAAAAGAUGGAGCUCAUAAUCAUGAACCUUUGAAGGACAUUAAAGAGCACCCAGCUGCUCGUCGAUUCACUGAGAAUGAGGUCUUACAGAUCAAAGAGAUGACAGAAGCUGGUCUUAAGCCACGUCAGAUUCUAAAAAGACUGAGACAGAGCAAUCCAGAACUUUUAUCUACACCAAAGCAUCUUUACAAUGUCAAAACUAAGCUAAGACAAGGGAAUCUUACAGUUAGAAAUUACAAGUCUUUCAGGCCUCAAAAAGCGUCAGUUGGAAGUUCUCAGCUUCCUGGCGACGUAAGCGCUACCGAGCCAUCUUGGAGACAGAGAUUCACUAGGAUCCCUAAUUUCAUUGGAGGCCAAUUUGUAGAGUCACAGUCAACUGCAACAGUCGAUAUUUUGAAUCCAGCUAUCCAGAGAGUUGUAUCUGUACUUUCUUUAACAACCAUUGAAGAACUUAAAGCUGCAGUAUCUGCUGCGAAAUGGGCAUUUCCUUCGUGGAGAAAUACACCAGUCACCUCACGAAAACAUAUAAUGUUGAAACUUCGAGAACUUAUACAGAGGGACAUGGAUAAACUUGCUGCUGCUAUCACAUCUGAAGGGGGCAAGACACUCAAGGCUGCCUAUAGUGAUGUGUAUUAUGGCCUUGAGGCUUUGGAGUAUGCUUGUGGAAUGGCAACUCCACAAAUGGGUAAAUUUGUUUCAAAUGAAUGCAAUGGGCUAGAUGUUUAUAGCAUUAGAGAGCCUCUUGGUGUUUGUGCUGGAAUUUGCCUUGCCAACUUUCCUGCCAUAAUUGCUUUAUGGAUGUUUCCCGUGGCAGUUAUGUGUGGUAACACUUUCAUUUUGAAAUCUUCAAUGAAGGAUCCAGGCGUGUCUAUGAUCCUUGCGGAGUUAGCUUCAGAAGCUGGUUUGCCUAAUGGUGUCCUGAAUAUAGUCCAUGGCACUGAUGAAAUUGUGAGUGCUAUUUGUGAUGAUGAUGAUGUUAGAGCUGUAACAGUUGCUGCUUCCAAAGCAUAUGGCAUGCAUGUACACUCGAGAGCAUCGGUUAAAGGGAAGCGUGUUCAGUCCUAUACAGAAGGGAGAAGUCAUAUGAUUGUCAUGCCUGAUGCAAAUAUAGAUGCUACCAUAAACUCCCUUGUUUAUGUGGCUUUUAGAUCUGAAGGAGAAAGGUGCUUUGCACUUAAUACAGUUAUAUUUGUUGGAGAAUCAAAGCCAUGGGAAAGCAAAUUGGUAGAACGGGCAAAGGUGCUUAAUGUAAAUGCUGGAACUGAACCAGAUACAGAUAUCGGUCCAGUGAUGACUAAACAGGAAAAGGACAACAUAUGCAAAUUGGUACAAAGUGCGAUUGAAAGGGGUGCCCGACUCAUUCUUGAUGGCAGAAAUAUCCUGGUGUCUGAAAAUCAACAGGGUAAUUUUAUCGGGCCAACUAUUGUAUGCGAUGUCACAGUUGACAUGGAAUGCUUCAGGGAGAAGAUCUAUGGGCCAGUUCUUCUGUGCAUGCAGGCUAAGAGUCUAGAAGAGGCUAUUACCAUUAUCAAUGAAUGCAGACACUGUAAUGGAGCAUCUAUAUAUACCACAUCUGGGGUUUCUGCUAAGAAGUUCCAAACACUAAUUGAAGCUGGACAGGUUGGCAUCAACGUUCCUGUUUCAGUUCCUAUGCCCUUCAUCUCAUCUUGUGACCUAGGAGGUCCUUUUGCAGGACAAACUGGAGCUGAUUUCUAUACUAAAAUUAAAACAGUAAGACAACAGUGGAACGAAUUCCCAAUAGGUGACGAAGCAAAUGUACCUAUGCUAGCUUCUCCAACUCUAGAGCAAAUGUUUUCAAGUGAAGAGGGUCUAAUGUCUGACUUAAGAAUAGAGGGUAUUUGAAUGUUGUCAAGUUAUUCAUAAUGCAAGCAGCAAGCUUUGAUUAAUGCUUCGUGCCAAUUGAUAAAUUUUGUUGCGUCAUUGAGGCUGAACCCUAACAUCUUUGAAUGUACAACACUUCUAUUUUCUCCCUGAAACAUUAGUAUAAAUUAAGUACUAUUCUGAAA